AUGAAGUGUCUCUUGAAGUGUUUUCCACUUUUUCUCCUUGUUCUCCAAUCAGCAUUUUGUGAAGACCAAGACAAUUUGCUAUAUCCAUAUGGACCAUCUGAAGGUGAUAAAACUACUCCAGUAGAAGAUGAUGGAACAUCUGGGGAAGUUUCUAUUUCAGUUGACUUUAAGUUCUUCGGUAAAAAAUACAAAUCUCUCUUUGUGAAUAACAAUGGAGUAAUUUCAUUUAGCACACCCGUGUCACAAUACACCCCUGAUGCAUUCCCACUAAAAAAUGGAACAUUUGUUACGCCUUUCUGGGGAGAUGUGGACAAUGAUCUUGCAGGAUUGGUAUAUUUCAGGGAGAGCACAGACUCUAAUCUGAUGGAGAGAAUUUCCAAAGACAUGGAUAAACACCUACCUAACUUGCAUUAUUUAUCUACAUGGGCUUUUGUUGCUACUUGGGACAAAGUGGCCUAUUAUGGAUCAGCAUCUAAAAAGGUCAACACUUUCCAGGCUGUCCUUACUACUGAUGGUUACAGGUACUUUAUAAUCCUGAAUUAUGGGGAUAUCCAAUGGACAACAGGUACAGCUAGUGAUGGUGAUGCUAACACAGGCUUAGGAGGAACACCAGCCCAGGCUGGAUUUAACAGUGGUGAUGAUACUAAUUACUUCAAUAUUCCUGGCUCCAGAACUAAUGAGGUAUUGAAAAUUAAGUCUACAUCCAAUGUCAACUAUCCAGGACGAUGGAUCUUCCAGGUAGAUGAUUUUAAGGUGCCAGGAGGAUGUGUAUAUCAAGCUUUUUUUGCUAAAGAGGGUGAAGACUUCUGGAAGGAUUCUUCGUGUACCACAAAAUGUAAAUGUAUUGUAACUGGGGAGGUUGUCUGUUUGGAGGAAGGCUGCCCUGAGUCCAACACUUGUGAACCCUCAGGAUCAUUUUUUAGUUGCCAAGUCCAAGAACAGACACAUGAGCAAAAUGAACAGGAAGAGCAGAAUGAACAGGAGGAGCAGAAUGAACAGGAAGAGCAGAAUGAACAGGAGGAGCAGGUAGAGCAGAAUGAACAGGAGGAGCAGAGUGAGCAGGAAGAGCAGAAUGAGCAGGAGGAGCAGGAAGAGCAGAAUGAGCAGGAGGAGCAGAAUGAACAGGAGGAGCAGAAUGAGCAGGUAGAGCAGAAUGAACAGGAGGAGCAGAGUGAGCAGGAAGAGCAGAAUGAGCAGGAGGAGCAGGAAGAGCAGAAUGAGCAGGAAGAGCAGAAUGAGCAGGAGGAGCAGAAUGAACAGGAAAAGCAGACUGAGCAGGAGGAGCAGAAUAAAGAACACGAUUGCUCAUAGAUCCCACCAGUAAUUCUUGUUUUCUAAUGUCAAAUAGAAGAUGUGUUUUUCAGAUCCUAUUCUUACUAGUGCAAUAAAUCUUAUCAUCAAGAUCAGUUUAUGAGAUAAUUUAAUACAUUUCUUCAAUAUAAAUAUCUAACUUUCAGUUUGUUGCUUCUAGUAUAUUCCAUGAACCUUAUUGUCAUUCUCUGAUGUGAGUAAAUCAAAACAUAAAAAUAAAAACAAUAACUAAUUCCA